AUGCUGCCUGGCUCCAAGUGGCUAUCUCAUCAUCUGGGCCUGUCAAGCCUAGAGUCUGAGGUUUCUUCUGCCUUGAUCUUGGCUGGCCUGACUCUUAGUGCUUGGAUCCUGGUCCAGGGACUAACCUGGGCCCACCGAUAUUAUAUCAACUGCCAGAGGCUUCGAUGCUUCCCUGUGCCCCCUCUCCGGAACUGGUUCAUGGGCCACCUGGGAAUGGUCCCACCUUCUGAAGAGGGCAUUCGUUUUCUUCAGGAUGUGACCCAGAAUUACAAUGAUGUCUCCCUCUUCUGGUUUGGGCCUUUAUUUCCUGUGGUCAGACUCCACCACCCCCAGUCCAUCUCUUCCUUGAUGAAGGCCUCAGCUUUUAUUGCACCCAAAGACAAAUUAUUCUAUCGCUUCCUGGAACCCUGGCUGGGGGAUGGAUUGUUGCUGAGUGAAGGAGACAAAUGGAGUGAGCACAGGCGCCUGCUGACUCCAGCUUUUCACUUUGGCAUCCUCAAAAACUAUGUAAAAAUCUUCAACCAGAGUGCAGACAUUAUGCAUGCAAAGUGGAGGCGUCUCUUCGCUGAGGGCAAAACUCGCUUGGACAUGUUAGAGCACAUCAGCCUCAUGACCCUAGACAUUCUGCAGAAAUGCAUCUUCAGUCACAACAGCAACUGCCAGGAGAAACCGAGUGCCUACAUCUCAGCUAUCAUGGAGUUGACUUCCCUUGUGACAAAGCGUGCCAGUAAUCUACUUCUACACUGGGAUGCCUUGUACUAUCUCACCAGCCAGGGAAGGUGUUUCUCUCGUGCCUGCCGUCUGGUGCAUGAUUUCUCAGAAGCUGUCAUCCAAGAUCGACGCCAAAUCCUCACCCAAAAGGGGACUGAGGCUUUCCUUAAGGAUAAGACCAUGGACUUCAUAGAUGUUCUCCUACUUUCCAAGGAUAAAAAUGGAAAGACUCUGUCAAACAAGGACAUUCAGGCAGAAGCAGACACUUUCAUGUUUGGAGGGCAUGACACAACUGCUAGUGCCAUCUCUUGGGUCCUCUAUAACCUGGCCCAGCAUCAGGAACACCAAAAUCGCUGUCGCCAGGAAAUAGAGGAGCUCCUGAAGGGCCGUCAGUCAGAGGAAAUUGAAUGGGAUGAUCUGGCUCAGCUGCCCUUCCUGACAAUGUGUAUCAAAGAAAGUCUCCGGCUGCACUCACCAGUUCCCAUGAUCUCUCGCUGUUGCACCAAGGACAUUCAGCUGCCUGAUGGGCGGGUCAUUCCCAAAGGGAACAUUUGCCUGAUCAGCAUCUUUGGAAAUCAUCAUAACCCAGCUGUGUGGCCCAACCCUGAGGUUUAUGAUCCAUAUCGCUUUGAUACUAACAAUGCUGAAAAGAUAUCACCCCUGGCCUUUAUUCCCUUCUCUGCUGGACCCAGGAAUUGCAUUGGCCAGAACUUUGCCAAGUUUGAGAUGAAGACUGUGCUGGCCCUAACUCUGCUGAGGUUCCGGAUCCUCCCUGAUGACUACCCAAUCCGAAGGAAGCCAGAACUGAUUCUCAGAGCAGAAAAUGGUUUAUGGCUGAAGCUGGAGCCAUUGUUGGGUCCUUCAGGUCCUGAAAAACUCCUCUCAUGAGUCUCUCAGGAAUGUAGACUAGACAUAUUUUUCUCUCUUUGAACUUGGAAGCCUGUUGCUUACCUAUCCUCCCAGCCAUCCUUACUUUGAUGAUAAUUCUUCUAAAUAAAACUA